AUGAAACCGGACGAGCCGAGGCGGCGAUUCGCCCCGGUGCCCCUCGAGACGACGUUUCAAUCCAUUAAGAGCGGCGCCCAGCACCAGCGACAGCCGCAACACCAACCGCAACCGCAGCCGCAGGGUCACAUUGGGCCGAACCCGGAGCUGACGCCAGAACCCUCCCCUCGAUCGCUGUCGCCGGCAAUUCCCGACGUGCCGCCGCCGCUGCAACCGCCGCAACUGCAUCUGCUGCAGCAUCAUGGGCUCGCGCCGCAGCAGCAGAGGCGCCGCUUCAAGCCGCAGCUGAUCGAGACGUCGAGGCGCACGCGGCGUGCGGGCGACCCCGGUCCCGCCACGCGGCCGACGGACAAGACUGACAUCACCCCCUACACAAACCACAUCUACGUGGCCAGGCCCAAACCCCGACGGAAACGCGGGGACUCGCAGGAUGACGAGCCGGCCCGUCACAUGCCGCCGACGCGGCGCGAGACGGAAGAUGAGGGGGUCAAGGAGUACCUGCUGGAGCUGGCCGGCAGGGAGGCGGCGCGCCAGAUCGAGGAGGCCGCGCUCGCCGCCUUUCCCAACAGCCGCGCCCGCGAGGGUGGUGUCGCUCACUUUUACUUUCACGAGAGCUCCGGCAGCGAUGGCGCCUCCGAGGACGCCCAGGAGGACCACGGCCAGAGGCUGCGCCGCAAGUCGUCGUCCAAUCUCGGCCUGAACUGGUGGCACCGGCACAUGCAGGAGCAUGCCGAGCAGAUUGCGGAGGACCGGGACGACUACGAGAUGGCGGUGGAUGAAGAUGACGAUGAUGCCAUUAUGCUGCGCACCGACUCUGACCUGGACCGGAUGGACCUCUCCUUGCCCCCGGACCCGUUGUGGACCACGACCAACAAGCUGGACCCGGAUGACCGGCGGGACUCAAUGGCCGAGAUGCAGUCGCUGCGCCGGGCCGUCAGCCCCAUUGCCGAGCCGCAACACCGACUUUUCGGAGGUGACCGGCAGGCCGACGCCUGGGCUGCCGCAGACGGCCGACCGCCGGAGUCGCGCCCCGCGCCGGGGUUCCUCGCCCCCAGCGCCGGCGCCGACCCCGGGGCCGGCCGCCCGUUUGCUUCAUUAGGGCUGCAGCCCGAGGACCCCAAGCUGCACCUCAUGCGACAGGCAGCGUCGCCGCCGAUGCUGGGCAAGGAGCUCACGUUCCGCCGGUGCCCGUCGCCGAAGCACACCAAGCUGGAGACGGACCACCCGUUCCGCGAGCACGGCGGCUCGGCGGAGAAGAACCGCGACGCGUCGGGCCAGGGCGGCCUCUGGAGGGGCUACUGCUUCCGGUCCGAAUCCAACACCGACUUCAUCGUGCCGGCCGACCUGCACCCGGCGCCCAUGAUGGUCACGCCGCUGGCGCCAGGCACGCCGGGCGAGCCGCUCGCGUACGACUCGCUCAGCGAGGAGCCCGGCUCGCUGUACGCGUCGUCAUCCAACAGCUCGUCGGGCAGCUCGCCGCCGCCGAGCCUCUGGCGGGCGGACCAGCACAAGCUCAACAGCAAGGGCGGCCAGCCCAAGGGCCUGCACAUGCUGCACGGGCUCGACGAGCGCCUGCGCCGCGAAAAGGCCCAGGCCGAGCGCGACGAAAAGAUCCUGCACGAGUUUGACGACGAAUUCGUCACCCAGGUGUACAACUACCUGUCGCUCGGGUACCCAGCCAUGGCGCGGUCGUUUGACGACGAGCUCUCCAAGAUUACGCGCGUCAGCGUCGAGGAGCUCGGCCGCGACGACGAGCGGCAGAUGGCCAAGGGUCACAUGCUCGAGAUGUGCCUCGACGGCACGCCCGAGGACGCGCGGUGCCCGCGCUGGAGGGCCCUCAAGACGUACAUUUACGAGUGGGCGCGCCAGCACCCCAACCUCGACAACCUCGACCCGCUGGCCUGGGGCGUCCGGGAGCGCAGGGGCAGCUGGGCCAUCUAG